AUGGUAUGUCACGCUUUGCUUGCCCGACAGUUUCAAGAGGCUCUCGACCAAAAGUCGCUCCCGAGCCUCUUCACUACUAGGAUCACUCAUUUGGUUCCUAAAGACCGGGAUUCCACAGACCCGAGCAAAUACCGCACCAUAACGUGUCUACCUACUAUAUACAAGACACUAACAUCAAUUUUGAACGCGAGAAUCAUUCGUCACCUGAACUCAAACCAGGUGAUGUCGCGCGCUCAAAAUGGAUGUCGGGGCGGUGGUCGUGGAACCAAGGAACCACUCCUCAUUGACGCGGUCAUUGGCAAGGUGGUUAAAUGCAACCGUCGGAACCUCUCCGCCGCCUGGAUAGACUACAAAAAGGCAUUCGACUCGGUGCCUCAUACAUGGCUUAAGAGGGUCCUCGAGCUGUACAAGGUUGAUUGUACAGUUUGA